AUGCAUAGAAAGUUAGUUUUAUCCAAUGGAUCAAACCCUAACCGAAGUUCGCUUUUUUUGCCAAUUACCUGUUACAGCUGCAUGCCUACAGCUUUUAAAGAAAAAUGGUCAUUUCUUAAAGAAACCUACUAUUCGCCGGCAAACUUCACGGAUCUCUGUAACGGCGAGAAAAUCAGCAGGCAGGUAGAAACUGUGCGCUGUUUUGGCCCUUGUGUUACCCUCGUUGAAUCUUCAUUUGUCGGAGGGCACUACUACGUUCGCGGUUGCAUGGAUCGAAUUGCGAGAAAGGGCUUCAACGCUGUGACUGUUCGCCAGAUGGGCUUCGAGCAGUACGACACAUGUCAUAAGGUGAUGCGAAGUCAGUUGUUUCGCAAUGUUCCGUACGUCGAGGAUCAGAUAACCAUGUGCACUUGUUUCGAGGACCGCUGCAAUUCGGCGCGACGAACGUUGUUCACCCAAGUUACUUUAAUGAUCAUCUUGGUCUGA